AUGCGGAUGCCGGGCGGCCCCGCGGGGAAGCCCCGCGAAGGGGCUCGGGGGCAGGCGAGCGCCGCGCUGCCGCCGCUGCGGCGCGCGCUCGCCGACCUGCAGCUCCUGGACGCGCUGCUGGCCUCGGCCGCCAGCGAGAUUGACUUCGACCACAUCCGCGCGGCGCAGGCGAUCACGUGGCGCCUGCGGCAGUCCCUGCUCGAGGCGCCCCCGGCCUCCGCAGAGGACCUCGAGACCUGGCUGGCCGGCCACCUCCACCGCGUCGGCAACGCCGCCCUGUUGCUCGCGGGCUCCUGGGGCGCGACCUGGGCCAGGAACCCGCCCAUGUCCUGGGGGCUCCGCGCCAGCGCGGACGCGCCGGCCGCCGCGGCCGCGCAGGGCGGCGGCUUCGGGGGCGCCGCGCCGGCCGCGGGCGCGGUGCCGCUGGCGCAGACCCGAGCGCGGCUGUGGCAGCCGCUCCGGGAGGCCGCCGAGGAGUGGGUCGCGCUGGCGGCCGCCAGGCGGCUGGGGCGGGGAGCGAGCGGAGCGCCCCCGCGCCGCGCCACCGCUACCGCGGACGAGCUGGCCGAGGGCGUGGCCAGGGCGCUGGCGUGCGUGGAGGCCGUCACGGAGCAGCUGCUGGAGCCCCUGGCGCGGGAGGGCUCCAGCCUGAUGGCCGGGCCGCUCCCAGACGUGGCGGGCCUGGGCUUGGACGCCAGGUGCCUCCGCGACGCCCUGGACCUCUUCUCCGAGGACUCCGCUGAGGGCGACGCCUACCUGGGCCUCGGGGACGGCAAGAUGCGCCCGUGGCUGGUCUGGACUGCGGAGCGGGACAGGCUCCAGAAGGCGGCCGCGGAGGUCAGCGGCCUCGCGCGCGGGCGCCUGCGCGCCCUCGACGCCCUGCUGGCGCAGCUGCUGGACGCACGGGAGGCCGCUGCGGAGCCGGCGAUGGUCGAGGCGGCCGCCGCGCGGGCUCAGGCGGCCGCGGACCACCUGGCCACGCUGGCGCAGGACCCCAACGGCACGGACGCAGCCGCAAGGUGGCACUGGCUCGACGUGCGGGGGGACCUGCUGGGCGCGCUCGGCUCGGGGCGCCUUUCCGCGGCGCGGCUGGUCCACCGCAGGUGGGUCAAGCUCGCCAGGCUGGCGGUGUGGGCGGGCGCCAGCGAGGACGAUGCCUUCUCCAGCCCCUUCGACCUGGGUGGCGGCUGGUUCGCGGCCUCCCAGGCCGAGGUCGCGGCCUGGGAUGCGCUGAGGGACGCGCUGACGGACGCAGCGGCGUCGUCCAGCCAGGCGGGCACGGGAUACCUGCGGCUGGAGGUCACGGCCAGUGCCCGGCCGCUGUCCGCCUCGGCGCUGGCCGCGGGCGGGAGCGUGGCGGUGCGCUUGCGGGGCCCGGGCGGCGCCGCCGUGCGCAUGCACCCAGAUGCCCGCGCCUUCCUGGUCCCCGCCGCUGGCUCCGGGCUGGGGGCCAGGGCUGGCCUGGCGGCGCUGGACGGAGCAUUCGCCGGGGUGGAGGGCAACGUCUCCGCGGAGCCCCACGUGGAGCUGGCUCUUCGGCGGCUGGUGAGCUUGGCAGGGGAGCCGGUCCACCCGGAGGAGCCCAUCGCCUAUGCCACGAGACACAGGCGGGCCGACUGCGAGCCCCUGUGGGAGGAUGUCGCCGUCGGCGGCCUUGGGGGCGCUCUGCUCCCCCUGGACGGCAUCUGGGUCGCCAGUGCGCGCGACGGCCCCUCGCAGAAUUUGCUGACCAUCGGCGACGAUACCACGCUGCGGCUACUGUUUCGUGUAGACACCCCCGCGGGCGCUGCGCCAUGGCAGCUGCUCGACGGCAUGUCUGGCACGCUGUACGAACUGCCAGCGACUGGUGAGUGCGAUGGCUUGCAGUCGCUCUUCGAAGUGGACCCCACGCCCGCGCCAACCUUCGAGCCAUUGCCGACGAGCACCAGCACCACCUCGACCACGUCCACGACAGUGACCACGAGUACGAGCACGACGACCAGGACGCUCUUCGUCUCCUGGCUGUCGCAGGGCAAUGCGGCCACCGAGGCUGCGGCCUCCGCCGAAGGGGGGCAUUCACAGCUGUGGCUCUACGCCGGAGGCCUCGCCGCCUUCGUGCUGGCGUGCGCCGUGUGCCCCCUGGGCUGCCUGCAGGCCUUCAAGCUCCACUCCCGGAGGCAGGCCAAGCGCGGCACGGUGGCGCCCGCGCCCCAGCCCGAGGAGGGCCGCGCGCCCCCCGCGCACAGGGCCGCGGGCCCCGCCGCUGUGGGCCUGCGCCAGCGGACGCCCAGCCCCAAGAGCGUCUACGAGCCCUGGGCCGGCACGCUGCGGGGCGCGGCCUCGGCCGCCGCGGCGGCGCCGCCGGCGACGGCGCCCGAGCCCGAGCCGCCCAGGCUGCAGCUGGAGCCGCAGGGCGGAGGCCCAGCGGCCUUGUCGCGCGCCGCCGCCGCCGGCUUGCUGGGCGCCGCCGCGGCGGGCAGCGCUAGGCCGGAGUCCUGGGCGGGCUCCAUCACGCCCCCGGACUCCAGCCGCUCCAGCAGCAGCAGCAGCAGCAGCGGCUCCAGCAGCGGCUCCAGCAGCGGCGCCGCGAGCAUCGAGGAGGUCUCCGCGCCGGCGCCGCCGGCUCCGCGCGGCAGCAAGGACGGGCCCACGGCCAGCGCCGCGGACAGCACCUGCGCGGGCAGCAGCCGCGUCGGCACCCCGAAGGGGCCGCAGCCGGGGCCGCCGAAGCCGUAGAGGGGCCUGCCCGCUCAAGCAGUGGCGAAGCGUCCGGGCUCGCCUAUAGGCCUGCCAAAGAAUCUUCG